AUCUUCUGCAUCCACUGUUGUCACAGAGGGAAGUGCCACAUCAGCUACUGAAAUCCCAGGCACAACUUAUGAAGGUUCCACCUCCACUACAGAGGAAGAUGGGACACCAGAAAUUCCCACCUUGCCACAGAAAGACUCUGAAAACACAACAGAACCAACAUCACCCAUCUCACUUGUAGAAGAGAGUGUGACUGUGACCUCAACUUCAGAAAUCUCUUCCACAGCUCCUGAAGCUUUCUCCUCUGACCCCAGCACUGCAGCCACACAGCCAACAGCUGUUCCAGGGACCCUGACCACCCCUGUGGCAGAGCCAUCUUCUGCAUCCACUGUUGUCACAGAGGGAAGUGCCACAUCAGCUACUGAAAUCCCAGGCACAACUUAUGAAGCAGCUGUUCCAGCCCUGUCCCUGCGGCUCGCAGACGGUGACAGCAGGUGCUCGGGCCGCGUGGAGCUCUAUUACAACAGCAGCUGGGGAACAGUCUGUGAUGAUGCUUGGGAUCUGGGGGCUGCCGAGGUGGUGUGCCGGCAGCUGGGCUGUGGGGAGCCUAUGCUGGCAUUGCCUGAAGCACAAUUCGGCCGGGGCUCUGGGAACAUCCUCCUGGAUGAGGUGCAGUGCAGAGGGGAUGAGGACAGCCUGUGGGAGUGCUCUCACAGAGGGAUAGGUGUGCAUAACUGUCAGCCAAAGGAAGACGCCGGCGUCAUUUGCGCAGAGCCUGUUACUCCCCCAGUUCCAACUGAGCCUGUCCCAGCUGAGUUGUCUCUGAGGCUGGUGAAUGGAGAAAACAAGUGCUCAGGGCGCCUUGAAGUCUUCCACAACGGCAGCUGGGGAACCAUCUGCGACGAUGACUGGGACAUAAACAGUGCCAGGGUUGUGUGCAGGGAGCUGAGCUGCGGAGAUGCCAUCUCAGCCAAAAAAAGUGCCUUUUUUGGGGAAGGCACGGGAGAUAUCCUCAUGGAUGAUGUGAAAUGCACAGGGGAUGAGUCCUUCCUGGUGCAGUGCUCUCACAGGGAGUUGGGAACGCAUGACUGUUUGCACAAGGAAGAUGCUGGUGUUAUCUGCACAGGGCCCGUGGAUCUUACCACUCCUGGAACAACAGCCCCAACCGAAUCCACCACAGCUGAAACUUCAGCAACCCCUGCAAGCAGCACGUCUGAAGCACCAGUAACCACCUCUCCCACUCCUGGACCAGCAGCCACUACCAGCUCCCCUGCAGGCAGCACCACGUCUGAAGCACCAGGAGCCUCAACAACUCCAUCGGUCUCCUCGACUCUACCAGUCUCUUCAACUCCUGAAGGCACAGAAAUCAGCACUUCUUCUCCAAAGCCAGUACCUAUAAGCCAAGCAACCCUUGCUUGUCUGCCUACUUACAUGCGGGCAAUCAUCAGGAGAUCCUACAUCAACUCCCGAGGGUACCUUGCAAGUGACAUCCACCUGAGGGACCCCAGGUGCAAGCCUGUGAUUAGCAGCUACCAUGUCAUGUUCCGCAUACCAUACGAUGGCUGUGGCACUCAGAGGCUGAUAUCACGUGGAGCCAUCACUUACUCCAACACAGUGGAAGGAUCCAUUUCUGGCAACUUCUACAGCAGAAACAGAAAUUCACUGUUAAACUUUGCCUGCAAAAUAUACGACGACGCUGGUGCCCAAACAAUACCCAGCGUCAUACGGCCUCCGUACCAGGAAACUCCAUCUAGACAAUUUGUCGUCAAGUUUGCCUUUUAUGAUUCGCCAUCUUUCUCCAAUGUAGUGAGGGCAGCACCAUACUACGUAAUGCCGAGCCGGGAUUUGUUUGUUCGUGCUACUCUGUACAGCACACAGCCAAACCUGAUGCUGUUUGCAGACACCUGCGUGGUCUCUCCAAAUCCCCAUGACUUUGUGACUGUGGCAUCGGAUAUCAUACGAAACGGGUGUGUCAGAGACCCAACCUAUAGGAGCUACUUGUCACCAGACAGGAGGAUUGUCCAGUUCCGAUUCAGAGCCCCCAGUUUUAUCACCAGAUACUCAUCAGUUUACCUUCAGUGCAAGAUGGCAGUAUGCAACAGAUACGAUUAUUCCUCCCGCUGCUACCAGGGCUGCAUAGCCAGAGGCAAAAGAAGCACGAGAGAUGGCGAUGGAAAUGUCAUUAUCAUUGUCUCCAGACUACAGUAGCCCCAGUAACUCUUCUAAUUCUAAUAUCACAUUGAUCACUUAGAUAUGUGAUCAGUAGGUUGCACACCUGCUAAUACAUCCUAAAAAUACAUCCUACGGGAUGUAAAUCUGAAGGUAUUUUAAUCUUAACUGUACUUGUGUUCCUUAAUUUCAGACUUGUGGAUCUAUAUUCCAGAUUUGUAAAAGCCUAAACUUCAGUAAAAACUCAGUGAUAAACUGUAA